AUGAGCGCCUUCAAAACGGAAGGACUUGUUAAGAAACAAAACAGUAAGAACAAUGUUACCAGGAAUGAGACUGAGUCGCGGACUAUGUCGCUCUCUUUAGAACAUUCAUGGUACUGCCUCGAAGUUGUGCAAGCAGCUCUUUUUACUGGAUUAUGUAGCACAACCUUCUCUAAUGAACAUAAGAUUAUCAAGGUUGCUUUAGUUCAUACUAAUAAUUUAAAGAGAAAGUUCUUUGGAGCUGGUGUUACACCCAUUAUUUAUAAACCUCGUAUAUACACUAAUGAUCAAGUUUCUUCUACAAGAAUAAAACUUUCAAAUGGGGAAGAUAGCUUUGAAGCUGGAUGGAUGGUAAAUCCUAAUGUAUUCCAUGAUAAUGAAUCACAUUUGUAUGCAAGUUUCUCGGCUCAGGGGAAAGGUUGCAUAAAUCUUCAAUGUCCAGGCUUUGUUCAAGUGGCUACAGAUGUAGCUUUGGGCAUGGUUCCAUCUGCAUACUCGGUAAUUGGAGGACAACAAUUGGGUUGGAAUUUAUCAAUUGUCAAGUCCGAAGAAGAUGAAUAUUGGUGGUUAUUCAUAGGCGCAGAAAAAAAAGCAAUUGGAUAUUGGCCCAAAGAAUUAUUUAUUCCAUUGGCAUUAGUAGCAAGUAAAGUUGAAUGGGGAGGUGAGAUUUAUGAUUUUGGAUCAAAUAGUUCGAGCACUCCUCUUCCUGAUAUGGGCAAUGGUUUGAAAGCAAGAGACGAGCCUCCGUAUUAUUCAGGGGCAAAUUACAUGUUACGUAUGUUGAUGUAA